UAUAUAAAUGGAGGCCAAUGGGCAUUCACAAUCCCACGGUCUGCUAGUGCUUCAUCACCAGCUGCCUUCGACCCACAGAGAGCCUGCAACCAUGACGUUCAACGGAACCUGGAAGGUCGACCGCAAUGAUAACUAUGACAAGUUCAUGGAGCAAAUGGGCAUUAAUAUCAUGAAGCGAAAGCUGGCAGAGCACGACAACCUGAAGAUCAUCAUCGAGCAGACCGGGGACAAGUUCCACAUCAAGGAGUCCAGCACCUUCCGCACCAAAGACAUCGACUUCACCCUGGGCGUCCCGUUCGACUACAGCCUGGCUGAUGGCACUGAAGUCUCAGGUACGUGGGAGAUGGAUGGUGACAUACUGAAAGGCAAGUUCACCAGGAAAGACAACAGCAAGAUCCUGACCACCACCAGAGCUCUGGUGGGAGGAGAACUCGUACAGAGCUACAACUACGAGGGAGUGGAUGCGAAGAGGAUUUACAAGAAGCAAUAACCUGGAGUUUAAAGUUCAUAUUUUAUUUUUACAUAGAUGGCACGAUAUAGAUAGUGUUGUUGGUUUUUUCUAACAAUAGGACAUUUCUAAGUCAAGUGUAUUCUACAUAACGUACCUCAAACAUUUUCCAGGGUUUUAAGAGAGGAAUAGUUAACCACAGCAUGUAAUUAUCUAUAUAGAAAUAAACCCAAAUGACUUGAAACAAACCCAGGAACAGUCAAAUAAACAUGUAGAGUGGUUUCAAAUCAAAGAUAUCAUAUUUAAAGUGUACUUAACCGCAUGCAGCUGAACAAAAUCAGAUAAUCGACAGCAGAAUUCAGUGUGUGAGAGAGGACGACAACAUAACAGUAAACAAAACAAGAAGCUAAUACAAACUGAGGGAGAACAUCCGUCACCAUGUCAGUCCAAUGUGCCUUAGAAAGAAUCUUAACAACCAGUAUCCCAGAAAUGGCCAAACACUCUUGUGGUAUCUGGCCAUGCAGAUAGUUUGGGAUCUCUGAGAUUUAUAUAACCACCUGACUACAAAAGAGGAGAAUGGAAUUUUGUUUGUGUUUCUUCCUGCAUUGAAAAAUUGUCUUUUCAGAAACAACAUCCAAGUUAUUAAUGAAAAUCCACAGGACAUGUUAUCAACAGGGAAUACUUCAGUGGUACAACGUAGUUCCAAUGAAAGCUAUUCAUGUGUAUAUGGACUAUCCAAGGUAACAGGUGCAUUAUUUCUGGAAAUAUAUGCUACUUUUGAGUCGGGUCAAAUGGGCUACAUUUUGGUAAACGAUUUAUAAGACCAUCAAAUAAGCUAUGCAUGAGAUCUAAAAAUAAUGUGAAAAAGUAUAAUUGUUUAGGAAUUAUGAGAGUUAGAAUAUCAGCAGGUUCCCUCUUGAGCUACGACACAAUGUUCAGGUAAAAUGGGCCAGCUGUUCAGCUAAAAUGGGCCAGCUAUUCAGGUAAAAUGGGCCGAUAUAAAAAGAGGGCAUCACAGUAUUUUCAGCUGAGAAAAUUUGAACAGUAAAUUAACACAAACUAUUGUCUUUGGUGUGCCAUAGUAAUAACAUCAUAAAUACAUGUCAUGCAAUAAAAAAGUUGAGCUAAGCAAAACUGGGCCAUUAACUAAAAUCUUUUUUUUACAAAAAUCUUUUUAUUUUUUUAAUUUCAACUUUUUUUAUUUUAAAGAGCCAGUCAUAAAACAUUGCUCAUAAACAUUUAGCUUCCUUUGUAAGCUUUCUUAUAAUUUAUCAUUUAUCAUCCUUAUUAGUGAUGACUGACAAUUGCUACGUCAUGCUCCCCAUACAAAUUCUCUGACAUGCUUCGUGUAACAAUAUAACCCGGCCAUAUUAACAGCCUCAGGCCAAUCAGAAUUAUUGUUAUAUGUCAACCAAUGUUAUAGUGCAAGAUCAGUUAUUGUGAUUGGCUGUAAAAUUUGAAAGGGCUAUGAUGCUCCAACCUUCUGGCCCAUUUUACCUGACUUCAUCCUAACUAGAGGUGAGUGAGAAACAAAAGUCCAGUGGCGGCCAUUUAGUCACACACUGGACUGCAUCAUUGUGAUGGACAAUAAUGAUCCCACUCAACAUGACAUAUAUUAGACAAUUUGCACUAAUGGUUCUUAUAUGUUAUAUAGUCUGUAACAAUAAAGCAAUUUUCAUGUUUCA